CAGAAUCAAGAAUCUGUUCAGAGCAGUAGUUUGUUCAGAACCAAGAAUCGGUUCAAAAUGUGAUGCAGAAGUCAUUCACUGAUUUUGGGUCUGAACCAAAGGAUGAAAUUGGGCCAGAAAGAAAAUGUGAUCAUCAUCAUCACUUUACGAAAGGUUCUUUUGAACACUGAUGAAUCAACUAAAACUCUGCAACGGAAACGCUAAUGUUUGCAUCCCACAGUCACAACAACUGGAUGUUACUGCUGGACGAAACAACAAAGAAGAAAACAGGAAGUAGGAAGUCGGUGUGGGAUGUUUAUUAACUUAUCCAGGACUAAUUUUAAUUGCAUUUCUCAUUCGAUGAAAAUACCGCAAUUACAAAAUGGCAGUUUUUUUCUCGACAUCAGCGACAUGUGGUCACGUAUUUUGUAAACAGUUGUCACAGAAACGCAGCGAUUGACACCAGCGUGGCGGUGAUGGAUUGGUGUGAAGACGGAUGAGAAACGGUGGAGCGGAGGUGCUGAGAAGGAGAAAGAGUACAGGAGGAUUAGGGUGGGUGACUGCGGCGUAGCAUGAUGUCACAGGAAUGCAUGGAGCCUCGCCUUUAACAAGCCGAGAGCGUGUGGAGAGCCGGCCACAUCACGGCCUAAUUAACUCUUUACUCCUCUGCGUCUGAUGUUCCACUAAUCUGUACCAGCCUGGAAAACGUCGGUUUCUUUAAAACUGAACCGGUGCGAAGUGGAACAAAUGAAUCUCACUAAAACAUGGACGGUUGGCAUCUGUUUGGUGGAGUCAGACGGAAAGGAAAGAUGAUGAUGAUGAUGGCAGAGACAGCAGGAACAGAUGCAGAGAGAAGGAUAAUGACUGACAUGGUGUGUGGGAAAGCUCGGCCCCAGCAGCAGCUGGAGAGACGAUGACUAACAUCAACAGUGAGUUUCCAGCCGGUGAAGAUGUAGUCAGCGCGGUUUCCAUGGAGAUGCCUCCAAACGCGGCGCGCUCUGCCUGGUUGCCAUGGUCGCUGUGGUUGAUGUUGGCGUUGACCUUUGACUGCCAGCCGAUGCUCUCCGCCCCUGAAGCGGCGAACGUCACGCUGCUGUUCGACAGCGGCGCCGGCCUGCGGACCUGCAGCUGCCCGGCUCCGGUCCCGGACUGCGACGCGGCCCAGGCCGACUCCCGGUGCCGCUGCGGCACCGUGCCGCGGUCGGGCCUGCACCGCGCCAGCCUCGGGCGGAGCGUGGCGGUGUGGGUGAGGGAGCUGUGGGUGCUGGAGGAGCUGCUCAACAGCAGCACCGUCGCUCAUCUGCGGCUGUCGUUCUGCGGCGUGGAGCCGCUGCAGAGCCGGCAGCUGGUUCUGCUCGGGCUGCGGACCCUCAGCGUUCACAGCGCCGCCCCAGGAGCGCCGUACCCCGACCAGGAAGUCAGGGUUUCGCCAUCGGUCGGGGCGGCGCCGGAGCCGGACUCCUCCGCUUCCCACCACAUGAGCUUCGUCGACAUCGGCGUGCUGAACGGACUGUCGGCUCUGAAGGCGUACAGCGUCAUCGGACCCCCGCUUCACACCUUCUCCCAGUUCUUCCCACACCUGGUUUUCCCACUGGAGUCCAAGGAAAACUCCUCAGAACCGUCACAGCAGACGCUCGUCACGUUCGUGUACUGAAGGAGCAGAAUAUUACAGAGAAAAUAUUUCAUAUGUGGAUACAAGUACAAACAUUAGCGUUAGCAUAGCUAAUCAUCUUUUUAGCGAAUUAGAGGUUUGUGAACCUAACGUUUUCGAUAGCUCUGCCCGCUACUGGAAAAAACUACUGAUGAUUUUAGUGCAAACAUUUUCUCCAUGGCGGCCAUUUUGAAAACUGUCCACCAGAAAAACAAAGCACAAGAUUAAGAAAAUAUAAAUGAUUUCAAAUGUUUCAAUUUGGCACCAAAUAUAUUUAUCUAAUUGGCAGUUUUAUUGCAAACAUUAAUUUUCCAUGACAACCUUGGUAGCCAUUUUGUAAAAUAAAAAAUGUUAGAAAAUGUGAUUUCUAUGGGUCCAUUUGUGCAUGGUUUCACACCAAAAUUAUUUAUCUGUGAUAAAUAUCGACAAAUUUAGUGCAAAAGUACAUUUUCAUUGAUGACAAUGAUGGUGGCCAUUUUGAAUUUUGUGCCCAGUUUGGUUCUUGUAUCCACAUGUGAAAGAUUUUUCUAAAGUGUUCAGUUCUCUGCUGCACUAUAAAAAGUUCUCAUCUACAGACUGUAAAAAAGGAAAGUUACGCUGCAGCUGCUGAAAGAUGUAGAUAAGAGGUUAGAAUAUUUUUUAUUUUCUGUCAGUUAGUAGAAAUUUCUCACCAGUCAUUGGGCUUUUAUUGUUUUAUUGCAAUUUUCUACAUAAAUUCAUCCUUUUUUUAAGAUUUACUGAGAAACAUAACUUCUGUUAAUUCCAGCUUGACCAUAUAUUCAGUAGUUUUCAGUUUUUUAUUUACCUUCCAUAAUGUAUUAACCUUAAAGCUCAAUUCAAAUCCUUAUCCGGUGCUUUGCAUACAUGAUCAACAUGAAGCUAAUUUUACUGCAGAGAAUGUUGUCAAAUCUGUUUUUUAUUGAUCACAUGCAUCCCAUCCUGCACAAAUUCUGAAAAACAAUUUAGCAGAAAUAUAAAUUCAUCUGCUUGUGAAGCUUUAGUCGAUUUUUUGCUCUAUAUUUUGAAACAUUUGCACACGUUUUUUGCUGCUGUGGCUGGAUGACAUAAUUUUACUAGAGGUGUACAAUAUUUUAUAUUUUGGUUGAAUACUAACUAAAUACGGAAACAGCAUCAUUAAUACUGAUACUUUAGGCAUUUUUGUGGAUUUUUCCUUUUAAUUAUUUAGUUCUAACUGUACAAAAUACUCUGAUAUUAACACGAUAAAUAGAAUAAAUUUGUUAAAAGUGCCAUCAUUAAUAAAUACCAACAUGGUGGCCAAUUUUCCAUUAAUUUAUUUUAAAAGCAACUCUAUUAACAGUAAGUUUAAUCUAGAUUUGAAGGAACUCUGUGUUUUGGCUGUUUCGUUUGUAAACCAACAGACCUGUAACUUUACUAAACACAUGGAUAAGUUUCUCUCCAUCUUAUCCGUCCUUUAAAUCUUGAAAUGUUCUUCAGGUGACAGAAGGCCGAUUUUGUAACCGUCUUUGUGUCUCAGAAGGUUCAGGUCCAUUUUAAUAUAACUUUUUGGUUUCAUUUGCUCCACUUUUAAAUCUUAAUUCUGUGCUUUUUCACACCUCACCCAUUCACCACUGCAUGUAGUGGAUGAAUGGAUAAUUUAUUAGUUCCCUGAUUCCUCAGUUUGUUUGGUUUCCUGAAACCAGUUAAUCUUUUCAAUCUGUUCAAGUCAAAUCCACUAUAGAUGUUUUGAUUUUUGUUUAUUUUUGUCACAUCCUGUUUCCUGUUUCUAUUCAGGAUCUUUGUUUUUCCUUAUAGUGUAAUAAAGUCAGUUUGCUUAUCUA